CUUUUGCUGAGGCACCUGAGGUGGAUCGGUCAUGUGAGCCGUAUGGAUUCGACGCGGAUACCGAAGCAAAGCUUAUAUGGUCGGCUGAGUAUUGGGAAGCGGCACGUGGUGAAACCAAAGUUACGCUACCAGGGCAUGAUUAAAGUGAGCCUCUCACGUUCUAAUCUUGGUUGCAGGUCUUGGGAAUCGAAAGCGGUUGAUCGGUGUGCAUAGCGCAAUCUAAUCACGAAGGCAAUUGCCGAAGUGCGGGAGAAUGACCUCAUACAUGCAGAGAAGAAGCGGCAAGUGCGGAAGCGGCAAGCACCGAUGGGUUGUUCUCCAUCGACAUCAAGCGCAUGGUGCUGUAGCACAUGCGGUCGCGAGUGCCUGAGUCAGGCAGGCUUAGUGAGCCAUGAGCGAGGCCACUCGGGACCACUACCGAAGCGACGACGGGUCCUGCAGAGAUGAUUACGACGGGACUUCGUUACCUGCGGCGAUUUUCCAGUGUCUCAUUUCAGUCUCCUAGCCUGACUGAAAUUACAGUAACUUCCGAUCAGCAUGAGGAGUAUUUCAAGAGCUUAUUGCGUGAAAUCGCUUCCCCGACGCACACCCCUUUACCAGAGGCUGUUUCCGCAACUGAAAUCGCUCCAGAGGACAUUCUCGAAUCGCAGAAGCCUUUACCACACAGACACAAACGAAAGAAAAACAAAAAUGUGGAGUUGAAGUCUUUGACCCACUUUGCCACUAAGACAUCAGAUGUACAAAGGAUAUCCCACACUAGGCGAACCACCUAUAAACCCAAGAUCUCUGACCUUACUUUGGGACCCAUCUCGAGUGCUCCACUAUACCCACCCACUAUCAGUCCAGACCAAUCAAUAUGUGAUAGUAUAGUGACACUCCGCGAAUGGUUUUCGAAUCUUGAUUUAAAUUCCUUAUCCCCAACUCUCCAUCCUGCCGGGAAUUUAGCGGCAUAUGUUCCACGCUCACACACAUUAACUCAGUUGGUGCUCCUGGGUGUGGAUUUAUCGAAGAUUGAAUCCAUUCCUGGAGUGGCUAACAUGCUGGUUAAGCUUGACUUUCGAACAGCAGUAGAGCCACUAAUAUGGAAGCUUAAUGGUUAUGGCUUUUCCUUAAAAGCGGUUGCUCGCCUCUUUACCGGGUAUCCGAAAAUACUACAGCUUCCUUCAGACGAACUGGAUAAUCGUUUGAACUAUUUCUUGAGCCAUGGAUUCAAACAACCCGUCGUCGUUGAAAUGGUGACUCGUUACCCCACUGUACUACAGAUGGCAGUCAUUGAAGUGGACCGACAGUUGGGCGAUGUGCAAUCUGUGUUCCAAUUUAGCGCAGAUGAACUACGCGGCUGUGUUGCUUCCACUCCAAAAAUUAUCCUCCAUCCAUUAUCGAAAAUCAAAGACGUUUAUGUGAUCCUGACCAAAAUGAUUGGAUUUUCGACUCCAGUGACAAGAUCAAUGGUUUGCAGCCAUCCCAAGCUCCUUGUAACGGGUGAGUUGCCUCUGUUUCCGCACUAA